AUGAAUUGGAGGGUUCUCAGUGGCAUCGCCCUAACCUGGCGUCUUUUUUCACCUGUCUCGUGUUUUGGCACGACGAUCUCCAUUGAGAUCAGCUACUGUCCCGCGACAUAUACGAGCUCAAGCACCAGUAGCGGCGCAUCGACAUCCCCGACUAUUACACCUGGAGAACCAGUAUAUCUCACAUUCUCCUUGGAUGGCUCGACCGAAUUCCUUAGCGACGAUGGAACAGUCACGAAUGACAUACAGCAAGCCGCCACGUUUGCUAUUUCAUCCGCCGGCCAGCUGAUGAGCGGGAGCGACUAUGUGUCGACCCCCGGAGAUGUUUCAUCGCAGCCAUUCGCAGCCUCGCCCGACACACCGCUCAUGAAGAGGUUGCCCCAGAUUUUCACGCUCUGGUCCGUAAACGAGAACGACAACCUUGUCUGGACGAACGACGCGUUCGUUGGUGGGCAGGCUAUCUUCUGUUUCUCUGGCUCGACACUGAAUAUCGUUUUUGAUGGCGAACCGCCACAAGACUGUCCUGUUGUCCAAAUCACUGUCAUUCCCGCGGGAAGUUCGAAUCCAUCUUCGACUUCGUCGACAACAAACUUGGCCCAGACAAGCACAAUGAGCACCUCGGCCGUGACCACGUCGAUGGAAUCCCCAUUAACCACUUCGGCGUCAACAUCUGGCAGUGUCAUUUCCAUGUCUACCACUGCCUCGGGGUCGGAUUCAUCAGUUUCUACUUCAGGCGCCUCAAUGUCCUCUUCUUCGCCGACCGAUGUAACCAGCUCGACAUCAGGGCCUGAAUCUUCCUCGAGCCCAGCAACUUUUUCGACAACGACUUCCGCAUAUCCAGCUCCGACCACCACCGGGACGCCGAACUGCUAUGACCGCUCGCCAUUUGACGGAACUGUCAACAAUAACUACCUGAUUCUGUGCGAUACCGACCUUCCAGGCUUCGAUCUUGAAGUAGUCCCGGCGUCUGAUAUCGCUGAUUGCAUUGCUGCAUGCAACUCGUAUCCUCCAGGGUCCCAGGGGCCUUGUGUUGCGGUAGAGUUUGAUAUCCUUGCCAAUACAGAUCCCUGCCAUCUCAAAUUCAACAUUAGCACUGUCAGCAGGGGAGCCGAUUCAUUUGCACAAGCAGCGAUCCUUGUCAACCAGCCAUAUUCUCCCAGUGUUGUCUUCAACGACACAGGGAUUUCUAGCAGUGAAACAAGCGCGACAGAGUCGUCAACAGUUGUCUCUGCAACCUCCACAACUACAAGCGAUAUAAACACUCUGACCAGCUCAUCGCCAGUUCCAUCAACCAGUCAGAGUACCUCUAUUUCCGUUCCGUCUACCUCAAGCAUGCAGCAGCUUCCCCCGACCACCACCUCCGAUAUUACCCAGUCCACUACUUCGUCAACAGUCGCAGAAACGACCAGCCAGGCGAGCCCCAGUUCCAGCUCUGCCAGCUCGUCAGGACCAAACACGGCCUCGACGAGCCAACAGCAGUCUAGCACCAUGACCACCCCAAGCAGCUCUUUCGAAUCUUCUUCCAGCUCAAAUCCUCUUAGCUCCUCACCUGGUUCAAGUUCGCCGACCUCAUCAUCCACCUCGAUCAGUACUACCCUCAUAUCCACUUCGCAUCCAGGAUCUUCAGGCGCAGCUACGACGAGUCAAUUCAGCUCACAAUCCAGUCCGUCACCUACGAGUACCUCGUUGGCCACUUCCUCCCCGAGAACCAGUGCAAGCACCACGGUCGCUCUCCUAUCUACAACUGCAGCCUCGUAUUGCUCGGCUACUCCAACAACGACCAAUCUGUGCUCCACCUACAACCACCAAGCACUCAAUGUUAACAGCGACGGCUACUGUUACGAGGUCGAGUGUGCCACAGGUCUGCAGGGAACUGUCUUAAACGGGAAUUCCACGACAGCUACGUCGCUCAAGAAUUGCGUUUCCUACUGCACAGAAUACAACGUUGCACAGCCGUUUGGAUGUGUGGGUGUUGGCUACCUUGGUUCGUCGAGUGGAAGCAGUCCCAACUGCCUUCUGCUGUCCAGCAUAACUGGGACGGUCUCCAACGCGAACGUCGAUAGUGCUCGUCUGCUUUAUGCUGGAUAUCCAUCGAUCACCGAUCCAAUCUUCACAACUACGACUACCACCACACAGACUCCAGUGUCGUCGCCCACCUUGUCGUCUCUCGCUACAUCGUCCUCUAUAUCCACAUCUACAACAUCAUCCAUUCCUACAAGUUGCGGGGUUGCUCCGACUGGAUCGGCAUCAGCAUGCCCAGGCAGUUCCCCUGCUUGCUAUUCCUACAAUUUUCUCGGCAACAUGGCCAACUUCGAGAUCGAAUGUGCUACGUCCUUUACGGGUUCAGUGGCGCAACCGCUGCUGGCAUUCGACCUGCCAGACUGCAUCAACCAGUGUCAGUAUGCUAACGCCCUUCUGGCAAACAGUUGCCUCGGAGUGACAUUCAUAGUCUCGGACGUGAGUCAAGGGUCGACCAACAACUGUUACCCCUACUCUACCUUGACCUGUGCUACCCGGGGCAAUGCCACUACUAACAGCGCCCGGAUGCUUUAUCCCGGGUAUCCCCAAAUGACGGAUUAUAAUGACCCGACGUUCUUAUGUAACGGUUCGACGGCAACGACGGCAACAUCAUCUACCACCGCCCUGGUGUCUUCGGCCACCCUGGCGUCUUCAUCAAGCGCACCUGCUUCGCCGACAACAACGACUACUACAACAACAACGUAUGUGGCACAAACGAGCAGCACGGUCUCCACAUCUUCAACAACGGAUCUUUCUCAAGCGACUUCCACGAACUUCCCGCUCGCAUACCCUCAAGAUCCAAUCUGUAACAAUAACCUCAUGUCAACGUACGAAGGAGGGCAACUCUCAGUCAAUCCGGCACAGGGUCGUUUGUAUGAUAUCGAGUGUGCCUCCGAUUAUACCAAUGCAGGCAAUAACCCAUUUGGAGCCACGACACAGCCGACCUACGACAGCUGCGCGAAUCAAUGUGACAUUGCAGCUGGGCAGGGCACUGCAUGCUAUGCCUUUUCGUGGACGGCCAGUUCUGGCCUUUGCACCCUGUUCGGCCGAGUGAGCAACGGCGUCCAACUGACCACCAACAUGACCAACACAGCCGGCAUCCAUUCGGGGAGGUGGCUUUCCACGACCGUAGGCAGCACCACAAGUUCCCAACCACUACAGCUGUACCUCGCCCGCCCCAUCCCGUUCCCCGUAGGCCCGCUGGCCGCGAACUCCCAAACAACGCGCAACUACCCCGGCGGCACCAACACGUAUUUCGACGGGUGGUCCGACGCCUCGCACGCCACCGUGCUCGACCUCUCCUCGCAAUAUCCCGGGAUCCAGUGGAAGAUCUUCGACCAAGUCGAGACGACCCUGUGGGUGACGGCGAAUUUCUGGUUCACAAACACCCCCCUGGCAGUCACCGCCGCGACGCAGGCCCAAUACAGCGUCAACUCGCGCAACAACGACACGUCGCCCCUGCUAUUUCCCGCAGCCAACCUACCGGGUUACACGCUCGCGCCGUUCUGGUCGUACGGACACAUCCUCGGCGCGUCGCAGCAGGGCAUCUACUACCAAGUCGACCUCAUCUCCCCGGGCCGGUACGGCAUCUCCAUCGAAUGGUUCUUCAGCCACUACGGCGAGGACAACAACGUCUUCCACGCCGUCAUGACCUACGACACCGGCUCCCCGGGUGUGUGGAGUACGUAUUUUUUUGUCGCGGGUGCCUCCUCGGGCCAGUACGUCGACCAAGGCCUCAGACAGACCGUGGGCGGCCAGGGCAAUCCCGAUAGCCUGUCCCAGUAUUUCACCUACUGCGCGGGACAGCAGAACUGUGUGACCCCCGGGGCGAAAAUGACCAUGGACACCACGCAGCUGGACAUGUCCCAGGUCAUGAAUUAUACGGCCGGCCUGUUUAAUCCGGGCAGUUACGCCGUGGGUACGUGGACGUGGGCGACCAAGCCGUGUUGCUAG